AUGAAUGCGAGAGAACAACUAGAAGAAAUGGACUACGAAACACUUAACAUUCUGGAGGAAUUAUACUCCAAUAUUGAUAAUAACCCAGAAGAUGCUAUUAUCAACACGAACAAUAACUCUAAUCUUAAACCCUCAUCCAUUUUCUAUCCGACACAAUCCAAAGGAAACUUCAUUCCUACAUUUAAUGAUCUAGUAACCAAAGAACUAGACAACCUCUGUACAAACUUCAAAAUCAGACAUGAUAAUUUAUGUAAAAAAGAAAAAGAGGCUCUAAAAACUCUUAUGGAUAUGGAUGACAUUAUACUAAGGGAAGCAGACAAAGGAGGGGGUCUGGUCAUCCAGGAUAAAACAGACUAUUUCAAAGAAGCAUAUAGACUUCUGAAUGAUCCUCUUACAUACGUCCAACUUAGAGGAGACCCUACGGAGUCAUUCCUAAAAGAAUAUGACUCCCUUUUAGAUACGGCGCAGUUUAACAAACUUUUCAAUACAAAUGAAUUAAAAUUCUUAACCCACCAACAUCCCAGGAAGGUGAGCAGGGGGGAACCCCAGGACCAUGCAGCCCCCUCACUGGCCUUUGUGUUUGAUGUAACUGGUUCCAUGUACGAUGAUCUCAGACAGGUGAUUGAAGGAGCUAGCCGAAUUUUAGAACGCACCUUGAAUCGCAGAACCAAAGCCAUCAGCAAUUACGUGCUCGUACCUUUCCACGACCCAGAUAUUCAUCUAUUUGUUAGAAAACUAAUGCUCAAAAAGAUCCAUAACAUGAAAAAUAAUACUGAUAAUACAGAAUGGUCAAAAGAAGAAUUACAAAGUCUACAAGACUUGGAAGAUCUUUUAAAAGAGAGUGAUGACCUAGAAACCAAUCGAAAGUGGCGUGAUCUGAUUCAAAAUAAAUCGCAAUACAUACCCAAUAUUUCCCAAUUUCAUAAUAUACAAACUUUCAACCAAAUAGUCUGUAAUGAGAUUAAUUUACUUACUAUCAAAAAUAAAGGUACCAAUAUCUCAUUACAAGAACAACAAGCACUAAAAGAAAUCGAAGGUUGGGAUGAUGUAUUAAUAAAAGGAUCGGAUAAAGGUGGAAACAUUGUUAUCUGGCCGAUUGAACUGUAUCUAUGUGAGGCAAAUAAACAGCUUAAUGAUGCUAACUGUUACAAGAAACUAAUAUUCAAUCCGUCAGCAACAUACAAAAGACAGUAUGAUACCUUGAUUGAAAUAGCCAAGGAUAACCAUAUCAUCAACAAUAAAGAAUUUAAAUUCCUGCAAGUGAAAAACCCUAGAAUCUCAACGCUAUAUCUAAUCCCCAAAAUACACAAAAACAUAACCAAUCCGCCAGGCCGACCCAUUGUGUCCGGCAAUGGAUGUCUAACUGAAAAAGCCAGCAUAUAUGUGGACAAAAGACUGAGAUCUUUUGUAGAAGAACUACCCUCGUAUGUAAGAGAUACAACAGAGGUACUACAACGAUUGGAAGGGAUUCAAGUAGCCAGAGAAACAUGGCUAAUUACAGCUGACGUUGAGUCUCUAUACACGAGAUGGUGGGAGAAGGAGACAGUUUUUUCAGAUGCCAAUGCUAUUCAAAUGGAACAAAUACCACUCUGGAUUCGCUACAUUGACGAUAUCCUGUUCAUCUGGGAAGGAUCCAAACCAGAUCUGGAUGAGUUCCUGAUUAAACUCAAUGAUAAUAACAUCAACGUCAAAUUAACAUACGAAUUUUCUUCUCAUUUACAGGGUGGUGGGGAUUGCCCAGAGAUGAGCGUGGGAGCUAUAAAGAUGGCGUUGGAAGUCUCUCAUCCAGGUUCUUUCAUCUACGUAUUUACCGAUGCCCGCGCUAAGGAUUAUAGAAAGAAGCAGGAAGUGUUACAGUUAUUGCAGCUGAAGCAGUCCCAGGUGGUCUUUGUGCUGACUGGGGACUGUGGAGACAGAAGCCACCAUGGCUACCGAGUCUAUGAAGAGAUUGCGGCCACAAGCUCUGGUCAGAUUUUUCACCUGGACAAGCAGCAGGUUAAUGAGGUUCUAAAGUGGGUAGAGGAAGCUAUCCAGGCCUCUAAAGUCCACCUACUGUCCACAGACCAUGAGGCAGCUGGGGAGAGAAGUUGGCACAUCCCCUUUGAUCCCAGCCUGAAAGAGGUGACCAUAUCACUUAGUGGACCCAAGCCUGAGAUAUUGGUCAUAGAUCCAACAGGCAGAGUGUUCUCUAUUAAUCACGGACUGGAGGAGCUGCUCAACAUUCCCAAUUCUGCUCUCAUUGUGGGACUCAAGCCAACAACACCUGGGGUCUGGACUAUCAAGAUCUUCAGCACAGGACGUCACACAGUGAGAGUGACUGGGGUCAGCACCUUGGAUUUCCGAGCAGCUUUCUCCACAAUGACUGUGAUGGACCCUUCUCAAGUCAUUGAACGCCCCAUGCAAGGAGUUCCAAUCUCUGCUCUGAUAAAUUGUUCUGGGCUGUCUCCACCGGGCCAACUGGAUUCUUUGGACCUUUUGCGUGUCUCAGGAGAAAGCCUUGUCUCUUUACCAGUCCAGCGGUUUCCUUACAAACGCACCAAGCAGCUGUGGGUUGCUCCUCACUUCCAGGCACCCAGGGAAAGCUUCUUUAUGAAGGUUAAUGGCACUGACCGCGGCGGGCACCAAUUCCAACGUCUUUCCAAUGUGGCAUACACCAGUAUAUUACCAGCUACACCUACUGUGAUAAUGUCACCUCAAAUACAGGGCUUUCAUAAGCUCCCACUGGUUAUCACUUGUUCUGUGCGCAGUGAUAUCCCUUUCCGUCUUCGCUUUUCUCGUGAUGGUGAGAAGCUGGGAGAAGAGCAACUGUUUACGGAAUCUGCUAAUGCUACCUGGGAAAUACCAUCGGCUUCAGCUCGUAACGAAGGUGUCUAUAUCUGCACGGCUAUCAGCAAAGUGGGGGCUGGAUAUGCCCUUGCCAAGGUGUCUGUCGCAGAUCCCCCACCCACAAUCUCUCUGUACCAUAAUAUUACGGCCUCUCUGGGGGGCUUGGCUGUCCUGUCCUGUCAUGUUCUUGGAGAGAUUCGCUACAACCUCAGCUGGACCCAUGACGGGAAACCAUUAAGUGAAGGGAGACUACGCAUUCUACCCAACUCUUCCUUGGAGAUCCAGAACGUGCAGACCACAGAUGCCGGAGCAUACGAGUGCACGGCCAGCAAUAGUCACGGCACAGCCACUGCAAGAGUCUGGCUUUUAGUACAGGAGUCCCCACAUAUUCAGAUUGAUUCAAGUGCCAAACACCUUUCUCAUGGGGGAGAGGUAAGAAUUAGAUGUGAUGUGUCCGGUCACCCUACACCUCAGAUCUCCUGGAAGCACGAGGACACCUUCCUGAGUAAUAGCAGCAGAUAUACAAUCCUGGGUGACAACUCGUUGCUAAUAAAGGAUGCAGGUCAAGAGGAUGCUGGGCAUUACAGCUGUGUGGCUUCUAAUGCAUUAGGGACGGAUGAGCAGGGUGUUACUCUCACUUAUAUGGAACGUCCAAAAGCUACAGCAGUGAAAUCAUCUGUACAGGUAGCCCUGGGAGAUGAUGCUUCACUUGAAUGCGUCACCGAGGGACUUCCUGUGCCGCUCGUCAUGUGGUACAAAGAUGAACACGAACUGAACGGACCGCAAACUGGGGAAAGAAGAGGGAUUCAUACACUGAAGGAGGUGACAGAAGAAGAUGCGGGCGAAUAUACGUGUGUGGCAUCCAAUGAAGCAGGAACAGCCUCUGACAUCAUCCGUGUAGACGUUGGCACUGCUCCUGAGUUUGUAGACUUCCCUCUGGAUGUGGAAGUGGAGGUAGGCGAGGAUGUGAUACUGACCUGCAGUGCUGAUGGGACCCCCACACCGCAUGUUAGCUGGUCUAAGCAGGAUGAGGGUCCAGUGGUGGCCUCAGAAACAACAGAAGUUAUAGAGAGCCCUGGAUCAAGCACUGUCCGCAUCAAACCUGCAAGACCCGAGAAUGGAGGAGUCUAUGUGUGCGAAGCAAGGAAUCCAUUCGGUUGGGUCCAGGCUGAAAUUCUGCUGAGUGUCACUGGACUUGUUGUUCCUGAAAUCGCUAUGGUACAUGCAGAGGUUACUGUUCUAGAGGGUAAUUCGGUGUCUCUGCCCUGCAAAGUCAUAGCCGGAAACCCCCUUCCAGUUCAACGUUGGAUAAAGGACUCUGGCUCACUGCAGCUGCAGUGGCGCCAUUCCUUAGAUGGAGAAGGUGGGCUUCACAUAGAACCAGUGAUGAAAGAGGAUGCUGGGAAAUAUAUUUGUGAAGUCACCAAUGCUGCUGGCUCUGCAAAUCACAGUCUGCUGCUGCACGUGCAUGUGGCCCCUACCAUUGUGCUAGGACAAACAGAAUAUACCACUCAUGAAGGCAAAGCCAUCUCCCUACCAUGUGAUGCAAAAGGGUACCCACCUCCUGUGGUUAAAUGGACAAAGGAAGAAGAAUCCCUGACUCCAGAGAGCCCCCAUUAUCAUGUCAACAAGGACGGCAGCCUACUGAUACCACUUCCGUCCGGCGCUGACAGUGGCCAUUACUUGUGCACAGCAACUAAUCUUGCCGGCUCCACGAGCAGACAAACUCGGCUCUCUGUCCACACAAAGCCCAGGAUUAGCAUAAACGGCACCCACGACCUGAGCGUUCCCCUGCACAUGGUGGCAGCUCUGGGGAUGGAGAUCACGUUGCCCUGUGAAGUAGAUGGUCAUCCCCUGCCUGUUGUGUCUUGGAAGAAAGACUCUUUCCCGCUCCCUCUCAUCUCAGCUAGACAUCACCUGCUGCCCUCCUGGUCACUCAAACUGUCUGAGUUGAGAGUGAUGGAUAGCGGAUAUUACACUUGCACUGCUUCUAACCUGGCAGGAAACACGUCUCUUACAUACAACUUGGAAGUACAAGUUCCACCACGUGUCCAUCCUGGGCCCAAGGUUCUGAAGGCCAUUCGCGGUCGCAAGCUGGCUUUGCCCUGUGUGGCACAUGGGGAUCCCAUGCCCAGACUCAGCUGGUAUAAGGAUGGCAUUGCACUGCGGGUGGGAGGACAAGAUUCUCUGGAAGGACCUGAUGGCACUAUUAGUGUCCAAGAGGUGCAGCUGUUAGACUCAGGGAGUUACCGUUGUGUGGCAUCAAGCAGUGCCGGAGAAGAUUCGCUGGAGUUCAAGCUGGAGGUGUUAGAGUCGCCAUACUUUGCUGACAGUUCUGAUGUCCUUUUGGAGCACAUCGCUAAUGAGCCGCUGCUUUUAUCAUGCCCUGUGCAAGGGACUCCCAUGCCUCUAAUGCGAUGGAUGAAGAAUGGCAUAGUUCUUAGUGGUCAUUUACCAGGUCUAACUCAACUGGGGAAUGGGUCCUUGUUGAUUGAGUUGGCUUUGCCCAGUCACAGUGGUGAUUACAUCUGUCUGGCAAGCAAUGAAGCCGGCACAGCAAGAAAAAAAACUAAAGUGGUGGUGUAUGCACCACCCAGGAUUCUUGAGGAUGGGCAAAGCCAAAAUAUCUCCAUGAUGGCUAACCAACCACUGACCCUAAAUUGUGAAGUGACUGGCGUCCCCUUUCCUACAGUGACAUGGAGUAAAGAUGGGCGAACUCUCACUGAAGCACCAGGGCUUAGUUUUCUGUCUGCAGGGCAGUCUCUUCGUUUUCACCGGAUACGCAAGGAUGAUUCUGGGUCAUUUACAUGCAGAGCAGUGAAUCGAGCAGGAGAAGCCCAGAGGACCUUUAAUGUAGUUGUCCUGGUUCCCCCAAAUAUUUAUGGUGCUGGAUCUGUCCUGGAUAUAACGUCAAAGGAUGGAUCAGAAGUUGAGCUGCAUUGCAGAGCGUCCGGGGUUCCCAAGCCCCAUGUAGAAUGGACAAAAGAUGGCCAACCUCUGUCUCCUGGGGACUCUUCUGUCCAGCUUUUAGAAGGAGGGCAGGUUCUACGACUCAACUGGACACGGCUUUCGGAUCAGGGCCGGUAUCAAUGCUUAGCCUUUAACCAUGCUGGACAGCAAGUCAAGGAUUUUAAUCUGAAGGUCCACAGUCCGCCGACAAUUUGGGCAUCUAAUGAAACAACAGACGUGACUUCUCUGCUGCACGGUGCUGUGGAGCUGAAGUGUGAAGCCCGAGGAUCUCCCCCUCCCAGCAUCACCUGGUUUAAGGACAAGCGGCCUAUUGUGUCCAGCUCAAGGGCGAUGUACCGGGACAGCGGUAGGAUUCUGCAGCUUAGCAGGGUCCAGCUGUCUGAUGUUGGCACUUACACCUGCAGAGCCCAUAAUCAAGCUGGCACAGCUGAGAAAUCUUAUCGGCUGGAGAUUUAUGUUGCUCCUGAUAUUGAAGGAGGAGGUAUAAAACCACUGGACAUUAAAGCCACUGUUGGUCAUUUUCUGGAGCUCGAGUGUUCUGCGUCUGGUCAUCCUCCUCCCACACUUUCCUGGUUGAAGGACGGAUUGAUGUUGUCUGAAAGAGAUGGAUUACAGAUCCGGGGUGGUGGUCGGACCCUUCAUAUUGCUACAGUGACGGAGAGCACACAGGGGACAUUCAUGUGUGUAGCUGUCAGCCUAGCUGGAGAAACUGUGCUUCACUACACUGUAACCGUAUUGGUUCCCCCUAAAGUUCUAAUUAACGAAGGCAUUGGACAUGUGAAUGUGACUGCAAACGAUCCACUGGCGCUUACCUGCCAUGUUACGGGAUUCCCAACUCCGAGGGUCAGGUGGUUAAGGAAUGGCCAUCUCAUUGACAAACAAAAUGGUGUGGAAUUAUUAGAUGAAGGAAGAAUAUUAGCCAUCAGCCUAAUACAGGCGAGACACGCAGGGAGUUACAUAUGUAAAGCUGACAGUGAGGCCGGUACCGCAGAGGAAGAGGUGGUUGUAUCUGUGCAAGAGCUACCUACAGUUAUCAUAUCUGGGGGCAGUAGCAUGGUCGUUCCAUUCCUGGGUUCAGUGGUUCUGCAAUGUGACGUGUUAGGAACUCCGCCCCUGUCUGUGACCUGGUGGAAAGAUGGCUCCCCUCUGUCCCUCAGUGGAACUACGCUGCAGAUUGAUUCAAUUUCUGUCUCGGAUGAAGGACGUUACACCUGUGUGGCCACAAAUUCCGUUGGCGAAGGAAAACAAGACAUCAUUCUGACAGUGCUGGUGCCGCCUAACAUUGAGCCUACGGAGGUGAAUCAGACUAUUGUGGAAAAUCUCCCAGCAUCCUUAGAGUGCCUAGCAUCAGGCAACCCACCUCCCGUGGUGUCCUGGUACAGAGGAGAUCAGUUGCUAUCUGCCACACCUGGCAUCUCCCUGCUAAAUGAGGGCAGGACCCUGCAGAUAGAGAGAGCCCGUGGCACAGAUACUGGGGAGUAUCUCUGCGUGGCAUCUAACACGGCUGGCAGCACCGAGCUCCUGUAUAACCUGCAAGUUUAUGUGCCUCCACAAAUCAUUUCCAUGACUGAUGCUGCUACCUUCUUGGUGAAUGAGCCGGUGUGGUUAGCGUGCAAUGCCUCAGGGGUACCAGAGCCAACUCUGAUGUGGCUAAAGGAUGAGUUCCCAGUUUCCACAGCAACUGCCGGACUUCAGAUUCUGGAGCACGGUCGGCUUCUCACCAUCUCUGCCGCCCAUGUGUCAGAUGCCGGGAGCUAUACCUGUGUGGCUGUGAAUCUCGCUGGUGAAGACAGCCACCUUAUUGAGCUGCAAGUGUAUGUGCCCCCUAGCAUCCUGGGAGAGGAACACAAUGCCUCAGUUUCUGUCAAUCAUUCUGUCCUAUUGGAGUGUGAGAGCAGUGCCUUCCCUCCCCCUGUUAUCACCUGGCUGAAGGAUGGGCGCCCACUUCUGCAGAGGUCAGGUAUCCGGGUCACAGAGACUGGACGUUUCCUUCAGAUUGAGCGCGCACAGCUGCGGGAUGCUGGGAGAUACACCUGCGAGGCCUCCAAUGACGCCGGGCGGUCAGAAAAGCAUUAUAAUGUCAUUAUCUGGGUACCACCUUCUUUCCCAACACCCUCGGCUCCCUCUCAGUCUGUGAUUGAAGGGCAGUCUGUCAGCGUUACCUGUGAAUGCCAGGGAGUCCCACCUCCAACACUUACCUGGACCAGGAAUGGUGCCCCCCUUGUGUUAGAGGACCCCCACCAAAUUCUGCUGUCUGCUGGCGGGCGCCUUAUGCAGAUUGUGAAGGUGCAGGCAUCAGAUGAGGGUUCUUACACUUGUGUGUGCACCAAUGAUGCCGGCAGGAGCGAGCAAGAGUACCAGCUGGAAGUGUAUGUUCUUCCAAUGAUCACUGGGAGCAGCAGUGUCCCCAAGCAAGUGACAGCUUCCCGAGACAGCCUUGUCACCAUAGAAUGCAUAGUUAAUGGGAAACCCUCCCCAUCUGUGACUUGGCUGAAGGAUGGUUACCCACUGGGAAGUGGCCCUGAUAUUAUCCUGAAGAACCAGGGACAGGAGCUGAGCUUCCCCAGGGUGCAACCUUCCCACUCAGGACGCUAUGUUUGUGUGGCUGUUAAUGCUGCCGGGCAGUCAGAUAUGAAGUUUGACCUUAUUGUGCAGGUCCCCCCAGAGAUAACAGACACUCCUGCAAAGGCCCAGAAUGUAUCUGUGGCACUCCUUGGUGCUCUCACACUCAACUGUGAAACUACUGGCAUUCCACCACCACUUAUUACAUGGCUAAGAAACAACUCCCCCAUCCCUCAAAGAGACAACAUGCACCUCCAGGCAGGUGGGCGGGUCCUUAAGUUGAUGCAUGCACAAACACAAGAUGGCGGCCUCUACACUUGUCUGGCAACCAAUGCAGCAGGAGAAGCCAGGAAAGAUUACUUUGUGGAUAUUCUGGGUAAAAGCUUAUCCCCCCCCCUCAUUGAGAAUGAGAUGGAAGAUAAAGACCUGCGAGUACCCGAGGGUCAGUCAGUUCAUCUUCACUGCAACGUCACAGGUCACCCCAAGCCUAUUAUUUCCUGGUACCAUGAUUCCCAGCCCCUCCUUAGUGGGGACGGCAUCGAUAUCUCCCAUGACGGCUCUGAGCUGCACAUCCAGAGAGCCAGCGUCUUCAGCUCUGGUCACUACACAUGUGUUGCUACUAAUAUUGUCGCAGAGCGGAGCAGAGACUUCUUACUGACUGUUCUGGUCAUUCCUACCAUAUCUGGGAUCCUGGAUGAUGAAACCUUGGAAGAUGUCAUUGUGAUCAUCAAUAACCCUCUGUCCCUUGUUUGUGAGGCUGUGGGAUUUCCAGUUCCCACCGUUACAUGGUUGAAAGAUGGCAAACCCUUCACGGAGUCCUCUAACCUACGGAUGCUGCCAGGGGGACUUGGUCUACAGAUCCUUAAUGUUCAGGAAGAAGACUCUGGCCAGUAUACCUGCCUGGUCACCAAUGAAGUUGGAGAAGCUAUCAAGAAUUAUGAAGUCAAAGUUUUCAUUCCUCCCAAGAUUGCAAGAGAUGACCUAAAUGGAGAAAUUGGCCUGAAAGAAGUUAAAACAAAAAUAAACAGCAGCCUGACUUUGCAGUGUGAAUCACGGGCAGUGCCCAAGCCAAGUUUGCAGUGGUAUAAGGAUGGGCAGUUGUUGGAGAGCAUUGGCGCUGUUCAGGUUUUAGGAGAUGGAGAGGUGUUGCAGAUUCAUCCAGUCCGUGUCUCUGACUCUGGGCGUUAUACCUGUGUAGCUACUAAUGUCGCAGGCGAGGAUGAAAGAGAAUUUUAUGUGAAUGUCCAAGUACCCCCUAUCUUCCAUAGACCAGGGGGCUCCAGUGCCGCCUUUGAAUUAGCUGUCAAGGAUGAUGAUGAAGAAGAGUUAAUGGAAAAGAGGGAGGUUGUAGCGAGUAAUCCAAUUUCCCUGUUCUGUGACACCAAUGCCAUACCUCCCCCCACUCUGACUUGGUUCAAGGAUGGACGGCCUAUCUCACACUCUGAUGCAGUGUUAGUGCUGUUAGAUGGGCGUAUCUUGCAGAUACCGAUGGCCAGGGCUGAGCAUGCUGGGAAAUACACCUGUGAAGCCACCAAUGAGGCUGGAGAGGACAGACUGCACUAUGAGUUGCUCGUAUUAACUCCCCCAGUUAUGGUAGGAGAGCUGGAUGGUUUGAUUCAAGAUGUGUCUGUGGUAAUUAACCAGACAGCUGAGCUUAAUUGUGAGGCUUCUGGGAUUCCCCCGCCAGCGAUCACAUGGUUGCGAAACGGUUUGUCUAUGAGUACCGGUGACCGAUAUCAAAUUACGGAGGAUGGCAGAAGACUUCAGAUCCUAACUGUGCAAAUCUCUGAUAUAGACAGCUAUGUCUGUGUGGCAGAGAAUCCAGCUGGCUUCGCUGAGAGACUUUUCACACUGAUGGUUCAUGUUCCUCCGAUAAUUGCUGGCCCGAACCCUGAGAACGUCAGUACUGUUCUGCACAGUUCAGUCUCCCUGUUAUGUGAUGUCCAGUCUCAUCCCACACCUGAAAUAACUUGGUACAGAGAUGGGCAGGUUCUGCAGCCCAGUAACGGACUCCUUAUUAUGCCGGGUGGGCAGGUUCUUCAGAUUGCACGUGCCCAGCUCUCUCACCAAGGAAGUUAUAUGUGCAAGGCACAGAACCCAGCUGGCUCCAAUGAGAAGCGUGUACAUCUAGCGGUUUAUGCACCACCCAGCAUUAAAGAGCCUCCCAAUGGAAUUAAAGACACUGUUCUACAGAUUGGAGAGACAUUGACACUACAGUGUGAUUCUGACGCAGUGCCACAACCGGUAGUGACUUGGUACAAAAAUGGGCACCAGCUGCUUGGUGGAAAUAGGGUCCUUAUCCACACACUGGGACAAAGGCUUGAAAUUCAGGAUAUUCAGGCAUCAGACAAAGGGCUCUACAUCUGUAAAGUGACCAACGUGGCUGGAGAAGUUGAGUUAUCAUUCACAGUGGUUAUUCAGGUGCCAGCAUCCAUCACACAUCCUCAGAAUGAAACCAUCAGCCUGACCGUUGGGAAUUCUAUAGUUCUGGCCUGUGAAGUUGAAGGAUUUCCUCCUCCCAAGAUCACAUGGUUUAAAGAUGGCGAACCACUGGAACAGGCUGUAGAACGGGGAGCGAUUAUUAGGGGAAGCCGACUCCAGAUUAACCGUGUGCAGCCCUCACAUUCCGGGCGGUACCGGUGUGUGGCACAGAACCCAAUCUCCGAAGCUCACAAGGAAUUUCUUCUGAUUGUGCAAGUUGCUCCCAUAAUUUUGGGAUCAGACCUUUCCAGUGAGCGCAGCAUUCAGGAGAAGCGGGAACUGAUAUUGGAGUGUAAAGUCGAAGGAAACCCAGCUCCACAAAUCUUAUGGCAGAGAGACGGAAAACCGCUAGAUCUGACUUCCAUGCCUAAUGCCCAGAUUUCUGAAGAUGGAAGCUCCCUUCUGCUGACAUCUGUAAGAGUCUCAGACUCUGGACACUACAUGUGCCUUGCACGUAACCCUGCUGGAGAGGACACCAAGGUUUUUGUGUUAAAUAUUCUUGCUCCUCCACUGUUUGAGUCAGGAACCAAUGUGUCAGAGACCGUCAGCAGUGUCCCUGGGGGCCAGGUGACAUUGCAGUGUCAUGCCAGUGGUUCCCUACCCAUACAACUCAGCUGGCUGAAAGACGGACACCCGCUGUCUACCUCACGCCAUAUCCGAAUCUCUUCAGGGGGGCGUAUUCUCCGUAUUUCCCAGGUGCAAGUCUCUGAUGUAGGAACAUACACAUGUGUAGCCUCAAGUCCAGCCGGAGCUGCAGAGAAGCAUUUUAUCCUGCACAUAGAGAGUUUGCCGGUGCUGGAGAGAUCAGAGAGUACGGAGGAAGUCACUGCAAUCAGAGGUGCUGCUGUAACAUUUACAUGUGAGGCCCAAGGGACUCCUCUGCCUACUUUGUCCUGGGAGAAAGAUGGGGUGCCACUGAAUCUGCAAAGCAAUCUGUUACACAAUGGCCUGGGUACACGUCUGUUCCUAGAGUCUGUACGUGCAGGGGAUUCAGGACUAUACUCCUGCAUUGCUCUGAAUGCAGCUGGAAGAGUCAGCAAGCACUUCCAUCUCACUGUACUUGAACUUCCUCAAAUUGAGGCCUCAGCUUUCCCCUCUGAAAUUUCCAUCCUUCCUGAUAGCCCCCUGGAAUUAGUGUGCAAUGCUGCAGGAGUUCCCACUCCGGAAAUUAGCUGGGAGAAGGAUGGACAACCACUCUCGCAACCAGAGCUGCUUACACGUAAUGGGAGUGUCCUCAGGAUAGAAAGAACCAAGGCUCAAGAUGCUGGUAUCUAUGUGUGUGUGGCAACCAGCCCCGCUGGAAGAGACUCCAAGGCAACAUGGGUUCGGUUGAAAGUGCCCCCUACUAUUGUUGGUUCCAGUGAGCCUCGUUCUCUCUCUGUGUCUGUUGGAGGACAGCUCGUUCUAGAAUGCAGGGUGGAAGCAGAUCCUUCACCCACCAUCCAAUGGUAUCAAGAUGAUACCCAGCUUCAGUCAGAUGGUCGAAUCCAGGUUUUGUCGAAAGGUCGCUAUGUGCAGAUGCACAGCCUCCGUGUGUCAGACAGCGGAGAGUACAGAUGUGUAGCCACCAAUCCUGCUGGCAGAGCCGUUCUGCACUUCAUUGUUGAGAUACAACUUGCUCCUGUAAUCCAGCCUGGGCCCUCUGUGGUGAGCACAGCAGCUAACCUGACUGCUGUUUUGCCUUGUAAGACCGAGGGGAUCCCACCACCUGACGUUACUUGGAGGAAGGACGGUAACCAGCUGUCAGUGGAGAUUUCCAGGAUGGAGUUCCUAGCAGAUGGAUCCCUGAGAAUUGCUCAGUCUCUCCUGCAGGACUCUGGGUAUUAUCUCUGCACAGCCUCCAACUCGGCAGGGAUGGCGCGACGGGGCAUUGAGCUACGUGUUUUUGUUCAUGGAGGAUUCUCGGAGUGGCAGGAGUGGGGGUCAUGCACUAGAACAUGUGGACAGGGAGUACAAGAGAGGGUCAGACAUUGCAACAACCCCCCUCCAGCUAACGGAGGCCGGCCAUGUGUGGGUCGUGAUGUGGAAAUGAGGGCAUGUAAACUACCGCUCUGCCCAGUGGAUGGAGCCUGGACAAGCUGGGGUGUUUGGACUUCCUGUUCAACCACCUGUGGAGACGGUACUCGGCAGCGCUCACGUUCCUGUUUUAAUCCUCCCCCCCAAAAUGGUGGUAAAGUCUGUGUUGGAAAUGAUGUGGAGACAGAGAAGUGUCAUCUGCGACCUUGCCAAGUGGGUCCCUCCCGUGUUCGAGGCAGUCUCAUCGGUAUUAUCAAUGACAAGGACUUUGGAAUCUCCUCACUCAAUGCCAACCUAACAGAAGAUGCGUUUUCCGGCACCACCACCAUCUCCAGCGUUAUUGAGAAUAUUCCGCACACUGUGGGUCCUCUGAUGAGGGUGCUUGUUUCCAUUAUUGCUCCCCUGUACUGGUCGUCUGCGUUUGCACAUGAUGGUGUGGUUAAUGGCUUCUCUCUGACAAAAGGGGUGUUUCGACAAGAGUCACAGGUGGAAUUUGGAUCAGGUGAGCUCCUGCGGGUCACACACAUAGGUCGUGGCUUGGACACAGAAGGGGCUUUGUUGUUUGAUAUUGUCAUCAAUGGAUUUGUACCGGAAUCUUUGUCAUUGUCUGAUGUCACUCUUCAGGAGUUUAGUGAGACCUAUGUACAGACAGGAGCUGGCCAUAUAAAUGCCUGGGCUUCUCCCACCUAUACGAAGAAUGGAGCUUCAUUAUCACUCAGAUGCAACCACACUGUGGAAUACAGUCCUGCCCUUGGUCGCCAGGGCAAACUUGCUCAGCGCAUACAGCUUGGAUCUAUCACUUCCUCGUACCUGUCAAGAUUAGAGGAACUCCACUUCCAGCUCACAGCCUCUCUCCGAGAAGGGAUGAAUGGAGGCGUAUGCCCUGUGGGAUUUGUUCAGUCUGCAGACUCCUAUUGCACAGAUGAGGAUGAGUGUGAUCUGCACAGCCCUUGCUCUCACAACUGCCUAAACAACCUGGGUAGCUUCUCCUGUUCCUGUCCUGUGGGAUACGUAUUGACUGCAGAUCGCAUGAACUGCCGAGACGUAGAUGAGUGUAGACUGGGGUCUCACCACUGCCAGGUUGGGCAGGAAUGUAUUAAUACAGCUGGUUCAUACCAAUGUCUCUUGCGAUGUGGGCCUGGCUUCCGACCCAACUCUGAGGGAACAGCCUGUGAGGAUGUUGAUGAGUGUACACAAACCUCUCCAUGCCAGCAGAGGUGUCUGAAUACCAUUGGCUCCUACAGAUGUGCAUGUGACCCAGGAUACCAGCUGAGAGGCACCCACUGCAUAGACAUUAACGAGUGCCUGAGAGGAGUGUGCCAGCCCCAGCAGCACUGUAAGAAUACAGUAGGGAGUUACCAGUGUGUGGAGAAUUGCCCGACAGGCACCACUCGCACUGAGGCAGGAAACUGCGUUGAUAUUGAUGAGUGCCGUGAUGGGUCUCACAUGUGUCGUUAUAACCAGCUGUGUGAGAACUCUGUAGGAGGAUACCGUUGUGUGUGCUCCCGUGGCUACAGGUCUCAGGGUGCCGGGAGACCCUGCCUAGAUAUUAAUGAGUGCCAACAAAUACCCAAACCCUGUGCGUUUCAGUGCCAAAAUAUGGCUGGCAGCUACAAAUGCCUUUGCCCCCCUGGAAAGCAGCUUUUGGUAGAUGGCAGGUCGUGUGCCGGGCUGGAGAGGAUUGGGAACAAUUCAGCUUUUGGUAACAGUGGCCCACAGAUUGAGGGGGCUCUCACAAGUGGACGAAUUCAUGGAAACAACGUAUAUACCUGGCUAUCCUUCAGCCAAAAUGCAAACUUGCUCGGUCAGAGCAGUAUAGCCCGCUGUCCCACAGGUUUCAUAAGAAGGAAUGGAGUGUGCACAGAUAUGGAUGAAUGCCACAUGCGCAGCCCUUGCCAACAUGAAUGUAGGAACACGGAGGGCAGCUAUCAGUGUCUGUGCCCUGCUGGCUACCGCCUGCUCCCCAACAACAGGAACUGCCAGGACAUAGACGAGUGUGUGGAGAACAGAAUAGCCUGUGGGGCCAACCAGAUGUGCUUUAAUACCAGAGGAGGAUAUCAGUGUCUGGACACUCCAUGCCCUGCCUCUUAUAUAAAAGGUCCCAGCCCGGGGACAUGUUAUAGGAGGUGCCUGACGGACUGCAGCUCAGGGGGACCCUACAGUCUACAAUACAAGCUGCUGACGCUACCAUACGGGAUACUACCCAACCAAGACGUCGUCCGUCUCAGUGCCUUCUCAGAUGGAGGUGUCCUUCAAAACCAAACCACAUUCACCGCUCUGGAGCAAGACUCUGGCAGCCCCUUUGCUAUCCGUGAUGACAGAGGUCAUGGCAUUAUUUAUACACUAAGGUCCCUGGACAGUCCUGGAGUUUACCGAAUGAAGGUACAAGCUGUGACUAUUGGCGAGCAGCAGGGGGUGCGAUAUCAGAGUGUGUUCAUUAUUUUCAUCUCUGUGUCCCACUAUCCCUACUGAGCCUUAAAGGACUACUGGAGGUCAUACCAAUCUGUGCAUAUGGAACCAACCAUUCUAAAAUGCCAAGCUUUCCCACACUGACUUAAAAUAGGCACUUGAACUAUCUGCCACCUUCAUAUACUAACAGCACAGCUGGCAAACAGUGUCCCUUUAUCAGGAGCUUUGAUAUCUAAAGGACAUCAGCAAUGCCAUAUACUUCAACCCAUUCACGCUCAUUGGAUGUCUCUGUCCUUUAUUUGUGGACUGUAUGUAGUUUAGACUAUUUGACUCUCUCCUAUAGAGAGUAACAUAAUCAUUGAAGGUCUGUGUAAAGUUUUGUGCACAACUGAAUUAUUUUCCAGCUCAAGAAAGAGACUAUCAUUGGCACAAUGAAGCUUGAGUUAAAGAUGAAUGUAACUAUUUUCUACGUGACAGACUAAGGUUUAAAAUGUUGAAGAAUGAGAGUGCAGGGAUGGGAAGGUGUUUGGGAAUGUUUGAUAGGGGAGCACACAGGGCUGCUGGUUAUCUGGCACCCUGUUCACUUGGUUUUACUCCAGCUCUGUUGCAACUUGCUGACAUGUCUGUCCCGUGUCCUGAGCAUCAUGUGAUACCUUCAAACAAACAGCCAGUGGCCUUGACUUUGGGCAAAGCCUGUGGCUGGGAAUACGCAACUUAUCAGUUAUCUCAGUGUGACCGCACUAGUGCUAGACAGGAACGUUGUACUGACGCAGUGCAGAGAGGAUUUAUUUCUGUAUUUUCUAAAAUAAUAAUUAAAGUUUCCAGUUGCUGUGAAUGCAUGACAAUAGUACCAGCCAUACAGUGUGCCAGUUUUCGUGCACACUUCUGUAAGCUGGGGGUUAACACUUUACAUGAAAUUUUAGAGCCAGUCACAUGGUCUUUGGAGAAAAGGAGGGAUCUUGUAUAUUUGUACAAAUCUGAACAUUUAGGAGCCAUUAUGCAAAUGUAAGGACAAUAAAAAUGCUUUAUACAUAAUAAUCCAUAAGAAGCAUUUUAUAAAGUAUUUUUAUUUUUCAUGUUUAACUUUUUAUUAAGUGUGAAAUAAAACACAUGGGAGCGUUGGGUAUUUGUAUAACCACUGGACAACAAAACUUGAUAUUUAAAAAAUAGGCACAUGGAACUACGAGAGCUGUUUUUAUUAACAAUAAAUACAAAUAAGGACAGAACAGUUGCAGACUAAACAUUUAAUAGACCCUAAAUAUAACUGCUGAUGUAGCUUACACAAAAUGCCUGAAAAGGUAGGGCCCGCUAAAGUUGCAUGAUCACAGUAGUCAAAUGGCAUAUUGGCCUCAUGGACCCACUUAACUCACAUUCUGAGGUGGGCACACAAGGGGUGUCAGCCUUCAGGCUAAUUUACCAGUUACAAGGCAUCUCAUAGCCUUUGGUAUGUGCAUGAGGUGAGGACAAAGAAAGCACGAUUAGGACUUAAGUCAGAAUGUAUUUUCCUAUAAAAUAUGAAUCCUUUACAAUAAGUUUUGUAAAGUAUUUUUCUCUAAUUUUACCUUUUUGAAGAUUUUUUUUUUUUCCAUUGCCACAGACACAUGCUGGACUGUGAUUGCUUUAUCAGCACAGGAGCUAAUUUAUAGCUGUCCCUAACUGGCCUCAGCAGAGCGAAGAUAAACAUACUCAAGAGCCCUUCAAAGGGGUUUAUCCUUGUGUUGCAUAACAUGCAGAUUUAGCAAUUAAAUUAACAUGCAGAUAAAUUCAGAUAUUUGCUUUGCAUAUAAAAAAUAUCACUUAAACUUUUGUGGGUCCUUUAUUUUGAAGUGUUAAUUGUAGCUGAUGUCACUUGUCACAACCACUCUGUCCUUAUUUUUUCCUAUACAUUAUUAGGAACAUUUUAUCAGUGACAAUGAAAGCUGAAACCUUUCACCAUCCACAUAAAGUUUAGUCGAUUCUCUGUGAUUUAACCCUACUCGGAACCAGAGAUUGGAUCAUAACAGUCUUGUGCCUUAGCAAAUUUGUUGUUUUUUAUUGUUUUGAUAGUAUGUGUAAUUAAUAUAUAUAUAUAUAUAUAUAUAUAUAUAUAUAUAUAUAUAUAUAUAUAUAUAUAUAGUGGGUAUCUGGCUCCUAUUCUCCAAUUUGUAUAACAUUUUUUCAUUAACUGUUGACUUAUUUAUUUUUUUUUCUCAAAUAAAGUUGUUGUUUUUUUACUAUUUCUUUAA